AUGGCUCCAGGCGGUGGUGGAAAUAUUAAGGUGGUGGUGAGAGUACGGCCGUUCAAUAGCAGAGAAAUCGACCGCGGUGCAAAAUGUAUCAUUCAGAUGAAAGGUGCCUCGACAAUCCUCACCCCGCCCCCCGGUGCCGACGAGAAACAACGAAAAGGCGGCGCGAAAGGAGCCGUGGAAGGGCCCAAGACCUUCGCCUUCGAUAGGUCGUAUUGGUCGUUCGAUAAAAAUUCUCCCAACUAUGCCGGCCAGGAUAACUUGUUCGAUGAUCUCGGAACGCCGCUUCUUGACAAUGCGUUUGGGGGUUACAACAAUUGUAUUUUCGCGUACGGUCAAACGGGUUCCGGAAAGUCGUACUCGAUGAUGGGUUAUGGGAAGGAGUAUGGUGUGAUUCCGAGAAUUUGCCAGGAUAUGUUUCAGCGUAUCGAGGAUAUCCAGCGGGAUAAGCAGCUUGGUUGUACGGUUGAGGUGUCGUAUCUGGAAAUCUACAACGAAAGGGUUCGCGAUUUGCUCAAUCCGUCAAAUAAGGGGAACCUCAAGGUCCGUGAGCAUCCAUCGACAGGUCCUUAUGUUGAAGAUCUGGCCAAGCUUGUCGUGCGCUCGUUUGAGGAGAUCGAGAACUUAAUGGACGAGGGUAACAAGGCGAGAACGGUUGCCGCUACGAACAUGAACGAAACGUCCAGUCGUUCGCACGCCGUCUUCACUCUUACCCUUACCCAGAAACGCCAUGACGCCGAAACAUCCAUGGAUACGGAAAAGGUAUCGCGAAUCAGUUUGGUUGAUCUUGCAGGUUCGGAAAGAGCAACGUCCACAGGAGCCACGGGAGCCCGGCUGAAGGAAGGUGCCGAAAUCAACCGUUCUUUAUCCACUCUCGGUCGUGUCAUUGCAGCGCUUGCAGAUGUGGCCGCCGGAAAGAAAAAGAACGCCUCCAUGGUUCCGUACCGUGAUUCGAUCUUGACAUGGCUGUUGAAGGACUCGCUGGGAGGAAACUCCAUGACCGCGAUGAUUGCUGCAAUCUCGCCGGCAGAUAUCAACUUCGAAGAAACGCUGGGUACCCUCCGUUACGCCGACUCCGCGAAGCGGAUCCGGAACCAUGCCGUCGUGAACGAAGACCCGAAUGCACGGAUGAUCCGAGAAUUGAAGGAGGAAUUACAACAACUCAGAUCGAAGCUUGGUGGAGGAGCAGCUGGUGCUGUUGGCGGCGCACUUCCACCUGGAGCUGCACCGGGUGCUCCUGGUGGUAUACCUGCUGGUGAAUACUAUCCUCCUGAUACGCCAUUAGAACAACAAGUCGUGUCUAUUCACCAGUCAGACGGCACCGUGACCAAAGUUAGCAAGGCGGAGAUUGUCGAACAGCUCAACCAGAGUGAAAAGCUCUACAAGGAUCUGAACCAGACAUGGGAAGAGAAGAUGCAGAAUACGGAAAAAAUCCACAAGGAGCGUGAAUCCGCACUGGAAGAACUGGGUAUCAGCAUCGAGAAGGGGUUUAUCGGGCUAAGUACCCCGAAAAAAAUGCCUCAUUUGGUCAACCUGAGUGACGACCCGCUGCUUGCUGAAUGUCUUGUCUACAACAUCAAGCCUGGUACUACGACAGUCGGGCACAUGGACCAAGGCAAUGCUGUUGAGAUCAGACUGAAUGGGUCUAAGAUUAUGUCCAACCACUGCAAAUUCGAAAACGUGGACAACAUCGUUACUAUUGUUCCAACUGAAGGCGCAGCGGUCAUGGUUAACGGCCUGCGUAUCGACAAGCCCAAGCGUCUGAAGAGUGGUUUUCGAAUCAUCCUGGGCGAUUUCCACAUUUUCCGAUUCAAUCACCCGCAAGAGGCUCGUGCGGAGCGUGUCGAACAGAGCUUAUUACGGCAUUCCGUCACUAGCACUCAACUUGGUUCUCCGGCGCCGAAGACCCAUGACCGAACUCAGAGCAAGACUGGUUCGGAGCUCGAUGGCGACUCAAAUAGGGCUGAAUCACCAUUACCCUCGCAGCGUGGCCGAGAAUCUGAUUGGUUCCAGGCGCGUCGGGAAGCGAUUAGUGCAGCGCUGGGACCGGAUCAUAUAUCACAUAUGCCGGAUGACGAACUAGACGCUCUGUUCGAAGACGUGCAGAAAGUGAGAGCAACCCGUCGGGGGCUGGUGGAAAAUGAAGAAGAUUCCGACUCGCUCAGCUCGUUCCCUGUCCGAGACAAGUACAUGUCGAACGGUACGAUUGACAACUUUUCGCUGGAUACUGCCAUCACGAUGCCAGGGACACCCCAGCAGCAAGAAGACGAGGGGCAGAGUGGUGAUUCAACGCUUCACUCCGUGCGCCAAGAUAUGCAACGUCAGCUGGAUCGACAAAAGGAGGAAUACCAAGAUAAGCUAAAGAACGCCGAAGCUUCGUCAAACCAGGACAUCGGCGAUGUAAAGUCUGAAAAGGUCCGAAUGGAGGAGGCUCUUCGCGCGGCUAAGGAGGAGUACGAAGAGCAGCUAAAGAAGCAAAAGGAGAUUUUUGAGUCGCAGAUGAAGGAUUUGGGGAAGCCGGUUCCGCCGAAGAUCUACGAGAAUGGGUUUGCCAAGCUGGAGCCCGAGGAGAUUGAAACCGCGCGUGCCGUAUAUCACCACUGGUCGCAGCAGAACUACGUCCGUAUGGCGGAGAAGAUACUGCAGUAUGCAUCGCUGUUGAAGGAAGCACAGGUAAUGAGCCAGAUCAUGGACAAGAACGUUUCGUUUCAGUUUGCCAUCGUCGACCAUGGGCAUAAUAUGGCGUCUUCUUACGAUCUCGUGCUGAACGGAAUCUCUGGGGACGAGGAUUUCGUCUUGGAUGAGGCGAAGAAGCCCUGUGUGGGGGUCCGUGUCAUCGAUUACAAGCAAUGCGUUAUCCACCUAUGGUCGAUUGAGAAGCUUCAACGUCGUUUGCAGUCUAUGCGUCAGUUGCAUCAGUACAUUGAUCGCCCGGAUUAUAUUCAGCAUUUCAAGCUGGAGAAUCCUUUCUCUGAGCCUUGCUCGCCGCGUUACUCGCUUGUUGGUGAUGCCGAUAUUCCGCUUACAGCUGUCUUUGAGACUCGUGUCCAGGAUUUCUCUGUCGAAGUCACUUCGCCGUAUACGCAGAGUGUGGUUGGUAUAAUCAGGCUGUCGUUGGAGCCAUCUUCUGCCCAGGCACCGUCGUCCACUCUGAAGUUUAACGUCGUUAUGCGCGAUAUGGUGGGUUUCAAUGAGUGGGAAGGCUCUGAUGUCCACGCUCAAUUGUUCGUACCGGGGAUUUCUGACGAAGGAGGCGCAACGACAACCCAGAUGACCAGCGGCUUUGACGAGAGCCCCGUUCGCUUCGAGAGUGUGCAUAGCAUGAGCUUACCACUGAACAGCCCGCGAAGCGCCGCGCUGAAAGUCUGCGUCUACGCUCAAGUCACGCAAAUGCACCUGGACAAGCUUCUAAGCUGGGACGAUAUCCGUGACUCGGCCGACCCUGGGCUCCAGAAACGCAAGGCGCCUCGUAUUGCCGAGUCGGAAUUCUACUCGGAGGAGAGGCAUGAUGUCUUUGCUCGGAUUCAGAUCCUCGAGUUGGCGGAGAAUGGCGAAUACCUCCCUGUCGAAGUGGUGCAAAACAACAGCUUGGAUGCGGGAACAUAUCAGCUUCACCAGGGCUUGCAGCGUCGUAUUUCGAUCAAUCUUACGUAUAGUUCGACCGAGAGUCUUCCGUGGGAUGACCUUCGCAGUAUCCGUGUGGGAUCUGUUCGGAUGCUUGAUCCUUGGGGCAAGAUUCCAGACCAGGACCUGCAGACUCCAGAUGUGCCAUUGAAGUUCGUCCAGGAGCCGACAGUGAAGGAUAAUGCUGACGGGACGUCUAACGUUACGAUCGUGGGCCAGUGGGACUCUAGUUUGCAUGGAUCCCUUCUCCUCGACCGCGUUACUGCGGAUAAGUACCGCGUGCAGGUUACUGUCCGCUGGGACCUGAUCUCGUCACGGUUGCAGGACCCCGUGGUGUUCGAAGUCGACCCGAUGAUCCAGAUCCAAGGACGAACGUAUGUGCGCCCGCAGUCAAUGUUCAAGCAGCUCUUCAACGCAACCCGCAUCGUGCACUCCACUGUUCGCAUGUUUUCCUUGGCUGUCCGACCUGUCUCCGCCAAACGGGCCGCCGACCUCUGGCGCAUGAACACUCAAAAUGACUACGUUAAGGGCGAAGAACUCCUAACAGCAUGGUCCCCGCGCAAAGUAUCCCUCGUCAAAGACUACCUCGCCGCGCGCAAGCGCCGCCAACGUAUGGCCGAACUCAACGCCGCAAAGGGAGCCCUAAGCGCAGGCUCUCUCGUCCCCUCCGCAACCCGCAACACCCGCUCAAUACCCCUCCGAAGCCCAGAACUCACCGACCGCAAAGCAAAACUCCUCCGCAAAUACCUCGACGUCUGGAUGACCAAGACAGACCCCACAGAAGCAAUCCUCGUCCGCACAAACACCGAACCCCCAGCCGGAGGAGCAGCCUUCGCCCAGACAAAACAGGCUGUCCAACGAGAUGGCAGCAGCACCAGCGGCGACUCGGCAGACCAACAACCGCCCCUAAAGCCCCGCUUCAUCGCAACAAUCCAAACACUCCCCAAGAACCCCUCCUCCACUAAAUCAGGCUACAUCCUCACCCCCGACGACACAAAUAGCCACUGGGUGCGCCGCUUCGUCGAGCUCCGCCGGCCAUAUCUCCAUGUCUACAGCGUCCCUGAAGGCGAUGAGAUUAACGCGAUUAAUCUGCGGAGCUCGCGCGUUGAUCAUGCGCCGGAUUUCGCUCGUCUGCUGGGUACUGCUGGUAAUGGAUCGGGGGCGCCUUCGAGGGGCGGAGGUGGUCAACCGAAUGUGUUUGCGAUCUAUGGGACGCAGAAUACAUUCUUGUUUGCGACGAGGACGGAGGCGCAGAAGGUGGAGUGGAUUUUGAAGAUCGAUCAGAGUUAUUUUAGCAAUGCUAGUCCCGCGAGGACGUAG